UGCUGGAAAUGAUAGCUACGGCUAGUGUAUACGCAAUUUUGAAAGAUGGCUGGAGACUUGCGAGGUUUCGCGCUGGAGAAAGCCGAGCUGCUUUCCGGCCAUUUGAAGGAGCUGCUGGCUUCGGGACAGGGAUAUGUUCGGGCUCACUUCGGGGUGGACUUCGGUCUGAAGCCCGAGCUGUACCCGACGUGGGUCAUCCUGUCCACAGCCGCGGCGGGUCUCCUGCUACUGUUCGGUCUAUCUUGGGCCGCUGUGUGCGGCGGUCUGCUCGCCGGGAAAAAGCGGGGAUCCCCGGUCACCCACAGCAGAGUCGGCGGCGGCGGUGAGCCCGUCAAGGCCGGUUUCGCUAAAACUGCCAAACCAGAAGAACAGAAGAAGAGGAACAAAAAGAAGACGCUUGAAAAGAGGUCUCAGUCCAAUGGGCAGCCAGUGGCAGUGGCUCAGGAGGAAGUUAAAGUGGCCGAAGCAGUUUCUAAGCUGCCACCGCAGAUCAAAACUGAGAAGAAGCAUGAGGUACAAGCCCCAGUGCAGGUGAAGAAGAACAAGAAAAAGCCAAAGACAGAUGUGAAACCAGUUCAGCUUGUGUCCUCAAACGAUGGGAAGGAACCUGAUGACGGUGUGUGGGAGACAAAAGUCAGUAACCGAGAAAAGAGGCAGCAGCGCAGGAAGGAAAAGGGUCCUGAGGACUCUGGUGGUCCAGGAAGUAUGGAAGCAUCCAAAUCCCAUAUGGAGGCAACUGUAGCAGCAACAGUCAGCAAGAAGAACAGAAGAAACCAUGAGUCUCUGCAUUCAAGAAUCACUGGGAAAGGGGAUGCAGCCAGUGAAGUUGUUAAAGAAAAAGUUUCCUCCAGCUGGAGACAGGAACCUUCAGUCAACGGUGGAGGCUGGAACGAUAUUCCCUUGAAGAUCACAGGUCAGAUGGGCGCUAUGGAGGGAAACAAGUGGAAUUCCAUCUCAGCAGCUACACAUUACAGGGCCCAACCAGAACCCCAGCCAUGGGCUCAGGAGUCCCAAGCGUGGAGUGGCAUUGAUGGCCGGAUAAAGGCUGACCUCAACCCAGUGUCCUUCUCCAUGCUGGGACUAAACACCACAGAUCCAAUAUCAAAUUCAAUGGAGCUGCAGUGGAGAAGCCACCCUAGUGUUGAUGAUGAAUGGUCAGGAUUCAAUGGGAUGGCUGCAGUAGAUCCCAGCUCUGACUGGAAUGCCCCAGUGGAGCAUUGGGGAAACUAUGAAGAGCCCCCCAUGUUAGUGACACCAGCUCCUGUGCAGAAAGAACAGCUUCUCACCAACAAGGCAUCAGAGGAUGAGAGGGACACAGAGGAUCCGUCUGGGGGAGCAGCCAAAUCUAAAAAGAAGAGGAAAAAGAAGAAGAAAACAGAAGAGGAGGCAUCUGACCCUCAGGCGAUGAGCACAGUGCACCUAGUCUACACGGUACCCAAACCCCAAGAGCUUCCUGCACUGCCCUCCAAAAAGCAGAAUGCCAGCAUAUCUUCAUCUCAGAAGAGGUCCGAGCAGAUUGUGGAGCCUCCGAAGCCCUCGCAGAAGAAGAAGGCCCGAAGGGAAACAUGAAGUCACUUCACAGGUCCAAACAAAGCAUAUGCAAAUGAUUGUUAAACGUGUCACAUGCAAUAAUCACCAGGUACAGAGUUACUUUUUUCAGAUUUAGUAACGGUUUAUCAGUUUCAUAAACAUAAAGUAAACAAGCAGAAGGUAUCACCUGCUUGGCUAAAUUCAGAGAUGAAAUGUAGUCCUAUGGACUAAAAACUUAACUGAUUUGCACUAUUUGCUACACUGCAAACAGAGUGGAGGUUGGGGGGAGGUGGGCUUUUAGCAGAGGUAUAUAUUUAAUGACAGCAAAGGUGUGUGUGUGUGUGUUUUUUUUUUUUUGCCCCCUCCUCUGAGAGUGUAUGUAAUUGUUAACCGCCCAAAAUAAAACGGGUUUUAAACUUCUUUUUUUUUUCUUUUGCGAUUUUUUUUUUUUUUUAAAGAAAACCCAGAGUGUUGCGCUUUGUUUUGUUUGCCGUCCAGCUGCCCGUGUAUGAAAUACUGAAAAGUUAUGGAGCAGAGGAUAAAGUAUAGCAUUGGAUUUUUCUCAAGUCUAACUCAGUCUCCCUUUCAAAAUUCACAUGCCCAUAUGUACACUGACGGAUUAAGAUGCUCCCAUUCUCUAUAAUGGGAAUGAUGUGGCACCAGGUAUAAUAUAUUAGGGUAGUCCAUGCAGCUUUGUAUCCAGGAACAACUGCGAAUAAUAAACUUACUAAAUAAUAAACUUAAACUUUAUAAACUUGUGACUGAUGAAGCUCCCCUAUUGCAGCCAACCUGUCAGUAUGUAGUCAAAUGAAGGUAUUCCUACAUACCCAGUAUGGACUGGAAGAAUGAGUUAUUCUAUAGUCACACUAGGGAAAACAACGGUUGGAGACCAUCGCUCGACCAAAAUAAUUGCAACCGUGUGCAAUGAACUUGCAGUCUUGUUGUCUCUGAAACGGUUGCUUUAGAGACGGAGACCACGUCUGCGACCACUCGCGGACUGUUGCCAUUUUCAAAGUGACUUUGGAGCAUUAAGAUGGUAAUAAAACGGCAAUAAGAUGAAGUCAUUCUAUCAGUUUGCGAUUGAUGUUACAUGUAAUCUGCAAUCGAUGGUAAUAAAUCUGUUGCCAAUAUGUUGCAAUUGACAUACACAAAAAUUCACAUUAACUACUUUCAUCCAGAGUCCAGCAGGAUCCAGCCAUCCAUUUUCUUCCACUUAUCUGUGGCCAGGUCAUGGGAGCAGCAGCCUAAGCAGAGAAACCCACACCUCCUUUUUUAACUACCUCCUCCAGCUCCUCCAGGGGAACACUG